AUGGAAAAGGCCUAUGAUAGGGUGUCUUGGUUGUUUUUUAUUAUAAUUCUUCACAAGAUGGGCUUUUCAGAUGGUUUUGUGGAUAUGAUUUGGAGACUUAUAGCUAACAAUUGGUAUUCUGUGCUGAUCAGUGGUCAGUUACAUGGAUUUUUUCAUUCAACAAGAGGGGUCAAACAAGGUGACCCUCUAUCUGUAGCACUAUUUAUACUGUCUUCAGAAGUUCUUACAAGGGCCUUGAACAGCUUGUUUGAUGAUCCAAUGUAUAGAGGUUUUGGCAUGCCUAAAUGGAGUGCAGAUCUAAAUCAUCUGGCAUAUGAAGAUGACACCAUAAUCUUUUCCUCAGCUGACAAAUACUCAUUGAAAUUAAUAAUGGAAGUUUUGCUAAAUUAUGAGACUGUCUCAGGGAAAAGAAUGAAAAGAGACAAGAGUUGUUUUUGCAUGUAUAAAACCUGUGCAAUGAGUCUAGUUCAAGAUGUGGCACAAAUCACUGGUUUUACAAGAGGUGAGUUUCCAUUCAAGUAUCUGGGAUGCCCAAUAUUUCAUAGCAGAAAGAAGAAAGCAUAUUACAAUGAUCUGAUAAAGAAGGUGAAAGACAAGCUCCAGAACUGGAAAGGCAAGUUGAUGUCUUUUAGAGGUAAAGCUGUGCUCAUCAAAAGUAACAAGGAAGAUAAAAGGAAUAGACAUUGGGCCUCUUGGUUAAAUAUGUGCUAUCCAAGACAAGAAGGUGGCAUGGGAUUCAGAUCUCUAUUUGAUGUUUCAAAAGCACUCUUUGCUAAGCUAUGGUGGAGGUUCAGGACUAGCUGUACUUUAUGGUCCACAUUUAUGUGGAACAAAUACUGCAAAAGGAUAGGACCUUUGGUUAAGCUGAUUCCUGCUGGUUUUCAACUCAAUGAAGAUAUUGAAGAAGUGAAUGAAGUUAUGACACAUGGAACAUGGAACUUUGAUGCUUUGCAUCACACUUUGCUGCGAAAUUGUUGA